AUGGCUGACAUCGACACUCCCCACGCCACUCUCGCCUGUGUCAACGAGGUCAUGCCCGCCCUCGAACCGCGCGUCGUUCCCGACGCGAACAUCUCCAACAGGAGCGAGUACUCGAACGUUCCACCAAAGAGGUCCCCCGCCUGUGUGGCGGCGCGCCGUCGCUGCAACGCGUCGCCUAUCCUGUCUACCGCGCACCCGCACCACACGGGGCUCAACACGAUGGGCUACUCGCUUCCGAUAGGCACGGUCGUCGCAAUGUCUUCUGAGCAGCUGGAUUCUUCGAAGACGACCGCCCAGAACCUGGACCUGAAGCACCUCUCCCUCCUACUCCCUCUUCCCAUUGCCCAGCCUGUUGCCCAAUCAUGCAUCAUUUGCCAGCCUUCGCAUGGUACCGAGCCGGUUUUCGUAUCCUUGACGUCAUCCGUUCUUGAGGAGAAGCAAGGCAAAUGCAGGAAAGUCAUCGUUGCCAGACGGUAG